AUGAUUGACCGUGGGUGUGCCAUAGUCUACGCCAAGCCUGGCGACCAGCGGUGGGCUGUGAUUGAGCAUGACGAGAUCGGGAGACCCAAUCGCUACGCAUCAUAUCGGCUAUCGUCGGCAUCAACCCUGCAGGGGCGCUUCUACUUUGCGACUCUUGAGGGGAAUAUAAUGCAUGUGAGGCUCUGCCCUGAGCCUCAGUUGGUGCCCAUAGUCGUGAACCAGCCCAAAACCAGGGGAGAAGGGUCCUCCUACCUUGUCCCUCCCGACGACCACUGCUGCGGCGGCAUGCUCAUGGUGCGCUACUACCUCGACCUUGAUCACCUCAGCGCUGACGAGCGGAGAAUAAUGACGCGCAGGAGGAAGCGCAUGGAUGUGAUCAGGGUGGAGAACAGGCUGAAGGAGUGCUGGUGGAACCUGAUCCAGGUGUUCGAGGUGAAUGUGUCCGGAAAGAGGCUCGUCCCGGUGGAGGACAUUGGCCGCCACUGCGCGGUGUUUGUCGGGGAGACGGCAUGCUUCUCCCUCUCUGCCAGGACGUUUCUGUGCGUGGCUGGGAACGCGGUGCACCUGGGGGCGACCGGUGCCCGCUACCCUCCCGUCGGUGUGCGGUAUCUGGCGGACAAGAGUGCGGAUCCACCGUUUGAGUUCACCACUGACGGGCCAGCUUCUCCCGAUGAAUCAAUGAAAUGGUACCACCGACAUAACAGACCAGAGCUGAAUCUUUUUCUUGACACUGGACCAGAGCUGAAUCUGGUGCCUCUUGCUCGCCCCUGUACACUGCAAGAGUACCUCAUCUGUUGCGCAGGCCUCCCUGGCGGCCUAAAGGACUAA